UGCGGUACAUAAUUUACAGACCUGCAAGACUUGUUUGCCAGGCUUUCUACGUAAACAAUUUUCUUGAUUCUCAAUCACUAUAAAACCAUUCAGCUUUCGUAUUAAGGUGUCGUGGUAAGAGAAUGGAAAACUUGAUCAAACAGCAGCAGCAGAAGAGGGUGAAAAAUUCUGGAGGACAAGCCGGCAGGGAAGUAGCGAAUGCUAGAGGAACAAAGCUACCACUGCAACAAACAGAAUCCUUCAAGAGAGAUAAAAGGACACAAAAUUGGUUCCAGAGGCAAUUUUCUAACCAAAUGAGUCCUGGCUAUGACUCUGAAGACGGUGAUCAUGCCACAGCAAUUGCAGCAGCUACAUUUGCCAUAUAUUCAAACGACGAAUCAAGGGGAGGCUACAACCAGAAAAUCAAUAGACAGGGUCCUAAUUCCCCGUCCCCCAGGGUGAACACCAGAAAAGAAGACCCCAUUCGGUUUCCAGAACCAGGUAGGGUAUCUAGACGCCCAUCGAGUAACAAUACCAGAGGAAGACAAGAUUCAUCAAUAAGAAGACCAGGGGGACGUGAGUCAUCUAGGCCAGCAACUCCCGCUACUGAAAAUGAAAUACUUAUCCGAAGUUCUACCCAGGGUAGAAAUGGAAACACCAGAGCAGAGGCUUGGGAAAAAGCCGAGAAUGCAAAGAUUCAAAAACGGUAUGAGAAGAUGAGUUCCCAUAUUCUUGCUUGGGAGAAUGAGAAGAAACAGAAAGCAAAACUUCAAAUGGAACGGAGAAAGGGUGAACUAGAGCGGAGAAGGGCAAGAAAUUCACAGCAUUACCAAUUCAAACUAGCCAAAAUUGAUAAUAUUGCUGAAGGAGCAAGAGCACAGCUUGAAGAGAAAAGGAAAAACGACAAGAUUAAAGUGCAAGAACGCGCAAAGAAGAUGAAAUCAUCUGGGAAAGUUCAUACCUCUUGUUUAUGCUUCUGAAUGCCCCGACCCAUCACAUAAUGUAAUUUACAGUAUUUAAAAGUAUAUGUGUGUAACUUAAACAUUUAAACUCUAUAGGUAAUCAAGUAUAUAAUUAUACAGGAGUGCUUAGUUGUAAUUCGUAUGACUUUCUUCUCA